AUGGACGAGGAACAAUGGGCUAUAUUAUUCGAUGAAGAAUACAUUAGAGCUGAGGACUAUAGGAGAAAUUCAAAGACAUUGGAUGAAUUUAAUCGAUUUUUGGAGGAACUCCCUUCUUUAUUAAAAAAGAAAUCUUCGGUCGCAUUAAAUCACUGUUUAAGAUGUCGAAAGAUUACAACCAUCCCUGGUAAAACGGAUGAGGAUUUACAAUGUUUCCGAGUCAAAUAUUCACAUAAGGUCGAACGAAUUUUGACGGUUGAUGCUCUUCGAGAUACUAAAUUAAACUUGAUGACAUUAGAAACCCUCUUUUAUGAGGUAGGAUUAAAUUUUGAAGUAUUUAAUCGAUCGAUGGACAGUUUCUUUGAAAAAUAUAAAGUUUAUAUAUGUAAAAGAUGUGAUGCAUUGUCAGCGACACCUGAACAUGCAGGUUAUCGAAAUCCAGGUCAUAAUCAAUGUGAUGUUCUUACAAGUUUGAAGCAAUUAAGAGAAAUUGAAGUUGAGUUCGAUUUAUUGAAUUUAUUUGAAAUAUUUAAAAGUUGCGUGGAUAUUCAUCGACCAAAUCGAUUAUCGAAGAAAUGGGAUCUGUUUUCCGAAGAAAUUCCCUUGGUUAAACGUGAUUUCUAUGACGGAUAUUUUGGUAAAUCUGAAUGGGCGAAAUAUAUUAAAAUUGACGAUUAUUAUUACAUGAAAAAUGAUACCCUUUUGCUAUACACGCAAUUUCUUCGUGAUCUUCCAAAGAGACUUCAAUAUUGCGCACUUUAUAAAUGUGUGAAUUGUAAUCGUAUUUCCUCAAGACCAAGAUUUGUAGGUCUUUGUCAUCAGACUAAUCAAUGGAUUUCCGAUGAUGCUUAUCUUCCGCAAAUUCCUCAUAAAAAUCAUGAAAUUGAUAACGUUGAAGUUUUCAUUAAAGCAAAGGUCUCAUUAAAUUCUUUAUCAAGAGUUUACGCUCAAAGAUACAACGAACUAUCAAUUCAUUUAAAUAAUUUUUUAUCUGGUUUAUUGGGAUUUUCAUAUUUUAUUAAAACUUGUGAAAUCUUUAUUUGUACACAAUGUGGAACAUUUUCUGCAUUAGAACAAGGUGGAAGUUUGUGUAGGAAACCUUAUCGGGAUCACGCAUUUGAAAGAAUUAAUGAUAUUUUAACAUUUUAUGAUGAAUAUAUUAAUCUAUUCGAUUUACAAUAUGUUCUUCAAACAGCUUUAAAUAUCGCUUAUCCCGAUAAACCAGUUUAUUUGCCUAAAAAUUAA